AAAGAAGAGUGGACUGAAGCCAUGCGUGUGGCGCGCAGGUAUCCUCGCUAGGACCCCGAGGGCAUCGCUUACCUGGUGCCGGCAAUCCAGGAGGGGAAGACAACCCAGCUGCGCUCCUCUCCUGUUCCCCCUUGUGGGGGGAGCGGAGAGCAUAUUGACUGGCUAUGGAUGCUCUGGCCCGGUCAAGUGGAGACAUCAUGCGCCGGAACCCACAGCAAGACUACGAGCUCGUCCAGCGCGUGGGGAGCGGCACGUACGGUGAUGUCUACAAGGCCAGAAAUGUGCACACUGGAGAGCUGGCAGCAGUAAAAAUUAUCAAGCUAGAACCAGGAGAUGAGUUCUCCUUGAUUCAGCAAGAAAUCUAUAUGGUUAAGGAAUGCAAGCACUGCAAUAUCGUAGCAUACUUUGGAAGCUAUCUCAGCCGCGAGAAGCUGUGGAUUUGCAUGGAGUACUGUGGAGGCGGUUCCCUUCAAGACAUCUACCAUGUAACAGGGCCACUGUCAGAGCUACAAAUUGCCUACGUUUGCAGAGAGACCUUGCAGGGGCUUGCUUAUUUGCACAUGAAAGGCAAAAUGCAUCGGGACAUUAAGGGUGCCAAUAUUCUGCUGACGGAUCACGGGGACAUCAAGUUAGCUGACUUUGGUGUAGCAGCAAAAAUAACAGCCACCAUUGCAAAGAGGAAGUCGUUCAUUGGCACUCCAUACUGGAUGGCCCCGGAGGUUGCUGCUGUGGAAAAGAACGGUGGCUACAACCAACUGUGCGACAUCUGGGCCGUGGGCAUCACAGCCAUCGAGCUCGGGGAACUGCAGCCACCCAUGUUUGAGCUUCACCCCAUGAGAGCCCUCUUCUUAAUGUCCAAAAGCAACUUCCAACCUCCAAAGCUAAAGGAAAAGACGAAAUGGUCAUCAACAUUCCAUAAUUUUGUCAAAGUAGCACUUACCAAAAAUCCAAAGAAGAGGCCAACCGCGGAAAGACUUCUGACACACAGCUUUGUCGGCCAGCCUGGUCUUUCUCGUUCUCUGGCCGUGGAACUCUUGGACAAAGUGAACAAUCCCGAACACCACACCCAUUUCGGAGAGGCGGACGACGACGACUUUGAACCUCACCCCGUCAUUCGCCACACCAUCCGCUCCACCAACCGGAACGUUCGAGCAGAAAGGACGGCUUCUGAAAUAAACUUUGACAAGUUGCAGUUCGAACCACCUUUAAGGAAAGAAACGGAAGCCCGGGAUGAAGUGGUGGUGGCAGGAGGCGCCCACUUCGCCUCCCACUGGAGUCCUUUUGCCGAAGGAGGAAGCUGUGCCAAGGGACUUCUUACCAAAUUUGGCGACGGCCACGAAGAUGCUGAGGAAUCAACGCUGAAGCGGGCAGAACCGCCUCCACUACCUCCAAAGCCUCGGCUCAGCCUGUACCAGGAGGAAGGCCUUGCUGACGACGAGAAGUCCCAGACGAUCAAGUACUGCCCCGACCCGCAUGGCCAUGCCCUGCCGGCCCACAGGAGGCAAAGCAUCCCGGUGUGCGGGCCGCAGACGGAGCCCUGCCCGCUCGGCAUGACCAGCAGCGCCAGCAGCCCUGGCUUGCUCACAGCCAGAUACGGUGACAUGGGCAACGGGGACAGCGUGCCAAAACUCCUCGAGGAACAUGCGGAGGGGCUAGGCCAUGUGCCACAGCUGCCACGGAAGAAGGACAAGCGGGAGUUUCCGAGGCCAGCGAUUAACGGCCUGCCCCCAACGCCCAAGGUGCUGAUGGGAGCUUGCUUCUCCAAAGUGUUCGAUGGCUGCCCAUUGAAGAUCAACUGUGCCACGUCAUGGAUACACCCAGACACAAAAGAUCAGUACAUCAUCUUUGGGACCGAAGAGGGCAUUUACACGCUGAACCUCAACGAGCUGCAUGAAGCCACCAUGGAGCAGCUCUUUCCACGGAGGUGUACAUGGCUGUACGUCAUCAACAACACCCUAAUGUCACUCUCAGAAGGGAAAACCUUCCAGCUUUACUCGCACAACCUAAUAGCUUUGUUUGAACAAGCCAAAAAGACAGGGCUGGCAGCCCACAUCCAGACCCACCGAUUCCCAGAUAAAAUAUUACCAAGGAAAUUCGCCUUAACGACAAAGAUCCCGGAUACGAAAGGAUGCCAUAAAUGCUGCAUAGUAAGAAAUCCCUACACAGGCCACAAGUACCUCUGUGGAGCAUUACAGCUGGGAAUUGUUUUGCUUCAGUGGUAUGAGCCCAUGCAGAAAUUCAUGUUAAUAAAGCACUUUGAUUUCCCUUUGCCAACUCCCUUGAAUGUGUUUGAAAUGCUGGUAAUCCCAGAACAGGAAUACCCCAUGGUGUGCGUCGCCAUCAGCAAGGGGGCCGAACCAAACCAGGUCGUUCAUUUCGAGACGAUCAACUUGAACUCUGCUUCUUCGUGGUUUACAGAAAUCGGGGCAGGUUGCCAGCAGCUGGACGCCAUCCACGUCACCCAGCUAGAGAGAGACACGGUUCUCGUGUGUUUGGACCGAUUCGUGAAAAUCGUGAACCUGCACGGGAAACUGAAGUCCAGCAAGAAGCUGGCCUCAGAGUUGAGUUUUGAUUUCCGCAUCGAAUCUGUUGUGUGCCUUCAGGACAGUGUGCUGGCCUUCUGGAAGCACGGCAUGCAGGGGAAGAGCUUCAAAUCGGACGAGGUAACCCAGGAAAUCUCGGAUGAAACGAGGGUGUUCCGUUUAUUGGGCUCUGACAGGGUGGUGGUGCUGGAGAGCCGGCCGACGGAGAACCCAACCGCACACAGCAAUCUGUACAUUUUGGCCGGCCACGAAAACAGUUACUAGGCAACUGUCAACCGACUUGAACUGUGAGCCAAGGAAUACGUCGCAUAAGGAAGCGGCCGUUCAGGAAACUAUCCAGGCUGCACACGCCGGCCCCCUCCCCUGCUCCCUCUCCUCCCACCCCCCCCCCGAUCGUGGCGAUCAUCGCGGCUCUUGGGGUCACGAGCCCAGCGCCGCAUGCAUCUCGCCGCUGGGGGGCGGCUGUUCCGUCACUUGCCACUGUGUGGUUGGUUACGACAACUUUGCUUAAUAAAAGCUAUGAGAUAAUUAGUCCCGUUUCUCUGUCAGGCCUGUGGAAACCCGACCAUUGCCGCCCCCCCCACCCCGAGGCAGCGACGGUGCCAUAAGGUUUCGGACAUGUACUUUUUGUGCUCUGGUUGAAAAGCACAUUCUGUGUUUCCUGCAAGCUUCUGGCACCACCGUCCUUUGAGUGCAAACGGCUGGGGCCAAAAGCUGAAGGGGGGGGGGGGGCAGAGGGAGGAGGAAGGCUUUGAGCUGUGACCCCCGGGAUCUCCUCAUGUGCAAGGCCCUUGUGAAGCGGAUCCAGGCCCCCAGAAAUCCCGCAGCUCAAGAGGUCCAUAGCAGGAGAUCUGCCCAGGAAGUGGUGUGUUUGUUUUUUUAAUAUAGCUGUUCUCUGUGGGUUUGUAAAAUAAUCUAUUUAAUCCUUAUUUAUUAAUCUGCUGCUAAGGUGGUUGUGAUGGUAUCUUAACUUCUAGCACAUGAAGGUUGCAGAGCAGCUUCUCGUUCUGUGGGGUGGGGGACGGAGGGGGUCUUUUUUUUUUACAAUUGUACAGAGAACUUGGCAUUUAGUUUGCUCUUCUCCUCUUAGAUGUAGCAGUGUCCCAGGGAGGUGUUUAUAUAUAGGUAAUUAUUCAGAAAAACCUUGGCUAUUCCUGUAUAAAUACCGUUUUGUACAAGAGUAUUUUGUAUGGGUUUUGCUUGUGGAAUUUGUUAUAAAAGGGGGUUUGAUAUUUACUCAAAUUAUGCGUGGAAAUGCAAGCUGGAUCUUAGCGAGGAAUCAGGAAACACUACGGAAAGUUGGCAGGACAGAGCGAGAUAAGAAAUCGGUGUGAGCAUAAGCGUGGGCCUGGAAGAUGGGCCGCUUCACACACGUCAUUUUUUGUAAAUUCUUGAGACAGUUUGAGGCGACAAAAGGAAGCAGAAGCACACCUCCUGAGCCGGUCCGCCCGGGAUGCGGCAGAAGGCGCCUGGCUGGCGGCCUGGAGCAAGACGAGCGGCUUCACCAUGGCUGAGACGAGAGGACUGCCAGUCCUCUGCAUCGCCAUGGAAAAGGAAACUAGCCCAUUUCUGGAACAGGUCUCCCUCAUUCCAGUGUCGGACCAGGAAUGCAGGAAGCCGCCACUGGCCACAGCUUCCCAAAGUCCAGCUGAGUUUUCAAAUGCUCUGUUCUAUUCAUGGACACACAUUUUAUUUAUACGCUGCCAGAAGGAAGAUGGGGAAACGGUGCUCCCGGCGCUUUGCAGGGUAGAAGGGAGGGGUUUCUCUCAGUCUGGGCGUGUUUGAAUGUGGAGGCAUAGUAUAAAAAUAUAUACCUAUAUCUGAGAAGCACUAUUGUCUAAUCUUGGGGAUUCCCAUUACCCCUCUUUCAAGGCUGUCAUCCAUCUUUUGCCGUUGCCUCUCAUCCAUUAAAGUAACCCUUUGUUCCUUA